AUGGUGUUCGCCAAGACCAGGCGCGUGCACUGGGUCGUCGAGCAGCCGCUCAACAGCCUGUUCUUUCAUAUCGUCUACGUGACUGAUUCUAUUUUCAAGUGCGAAGCCAAGCGCACGAUCACCAAUUUAGGGAAGCUGAUCCACGCGCACCGGGAGACCAUCCAGGCGCGGUGCUUAGCUGCGCGGCAGUUCGGGGUCGGCGCCCCGGCGGGCACAGACGCCCUCGCCCAUUGGCGCAUUGUGUUGGAGGAGCUCCUGGAGGAGGGUUGCGGCCACCAGGACGGCGACCCGUUGGCUGUAAUCGACGUGGGGGGCGCGCAGUUCGCCGACGUGUGGUUCAUGGACGACGGCCAGAUCGCCACCCGCAGCUCCAGCGUGGACCCGUGGCUGCGGGCGUUCGACGCCGAGGCCGCCGUUGCCGGGGCGGCGCGUGGCCGAGGAGAACGCGCAAAGUCGGUCGUGGCGGUCAUCGCGCCGCCGGGCGUCGCCGCCGCGGCGCGCCCUCGCUGGGCCACGGACUACGCCCUGGCGUCGGUGGCCCCCCCGGCAGACGGGCCAGACCCCCACGUGCUUGGCGUCGAUUUCGGCGGCGGCGCGGUCAGCGACCGGUUCCUCGCAGCAGCGGACAAGGUUGCGGCCGUGCACGACGCGCUGGGCCUGCUGGAGGACACGUCCGCCGAGCUCGUGCUGAUGCGGCGCUGCGCAGACGUCUGCAAGGCGGUCCAUUUGCUCCGCGCAGCUGGCCGGCUCCACUUCCACACGUCGGACCGGCUCCGGAGCCUGCCGGCAGGUGGGUUCGUCUAUUGUGGCCGCGCUGGUGCUUUGGCCAAGCGCGGAGGCGCCUGGGUAGACCUGGAGGCCAUCGAGGCGGCCGUGGGCGCCGUGCCCGGGGUGUGCUCCGCGGCGGUCCUUGGCGGCGACCAGGUCGAUAUCUUUGUGAGUUUCGAGCCGUGGUCGGGGGAGAAGACCUUGUGCGGGGUGCUUGACGAUGUGAGGCGAGCAGCUGGGGGCGUGUGCAGGGUCCACGCUCGGAGCGAGUUGCCUUUGCACCCGGCCACCGCGAAGGUGGAUCGCCGCAGGCUGAAGGCCGAGCUUGACGAGGUUCGCGUCAGGGAGGCGGACCACCUCGCGAGGCUUGCCAGUCUGCAGCGGAAGAUGCUCUGGAGCUACUGCUCGUGGUACGCGGUGCCUCUCUCGCUGCUCGCCGUCUGGACGCUGCUCGCCUGCGCCCUGAUGCCUCUCGUGAGGGUGGUCGACGUCCUGCUGGCUCGCGUGCUGAUGUUGCCGUACAUGUGGGCGGCACUGCUAUACAGCAUUCUGGAUCCGACCCGCGGCGUGAACUUCUUCCAGCGACCCAUUGGCGUGCCAGAUUUCGUACUGCUUCUUGCAAUGGCUGUGCCGCACGCGCCGUGGUGCCUGGGGGCGGCGACGGCGGCGUCCUGCGCCGUGGUCGUGUGGAGGCGAGACAAGGACGUCUUGGCGGCGGGCAGCUUCGCGGCGUUGGGAAUCGCCUUGUGGGCCGCUGCUGGAGCUCAGCACCUCUCGUGCUGCGCGUCGCUGCUUACCUGCUUUAUCGUCGCGGCGGUCUGCGCACCGAAGCAGCUCGGCUUCUUGGCAGGUCUCCCCGUAUGCUUCUACGUCGUGCUGCCGAAGUGGCUGGGGGACGACUGGCUGUGGCGCGUCCGCUGUGACGAGAGCCACCUGCGCCGAUUCCUGAUGCGCGUGAUGGUGGCUGCUGAGAGACCCAGCUGGGACGCGUCGUUGGCUUGGGACGAUGCGCGGUCGAACGCCUACUGGCAGAACGACUACGUCCAGUCCUGCGUUCGGGUGAAGGAGGAGUGCAAUGGCCUUGCCAAGGCCGUGGAUUCCCUGUGGGAGAUACCGCCCGUGAGCAGCUACACGAAGGCCACGAACGGGUCCUCCGACAAGGAGCGCGAGGUGCACCAGGGCUCUGCGGCCGCCGACGCUCCGGCCCUGAGCACGGCGGCGGCCUCACUGGCCGCGCUGGUGGAGCGAGCUGGUGGCAACCCUUACGCGCUCGGGUCGAUGGACUCGCUGCAGGAAGCUAUCACGUUGGCAGAGUUGAUUCGCAGAGAAAUCGGUCUCCAGAUGCCAGUAUCCAGCGUGCUCAAUUGCGCUGAUGUCGUGCAGUUGGCGCAGCGAGCUGAAGAAGCGUCACAAGUACUGGACAAGGGCAUCAACGGCGCCACCUCCACAAGAGCAAGACCAAGACUAGGACCGAGAAGCCGACAGCGUGGCCCAGCCGGACUCCCAGGGUGCGUACCGCGUGUUUGCCCUGGCGUUUCCGCGGCACCCAGUUGA